CCCCAUCCGUCGCGUAAAUUCCUACCCGCUCACCUGAUCCGGGCCUGAAUUCACACCCGCCCAGCAACCCUCGGUUUAUCCCAGCCAGAACAGACGCCCCUCUGGUAUAGGCGAUAGACCGACUAUCAUCAGCACGGUCGGUAUCAUGCCCGGAGCUCCCGCCGCGAAGCGACGACGCAUCACUCGCGCGUGCGACCAGUGUCGGCGCCGCAAGUCCAAAUGUGACGGGGAACAGCCUGCCUGCUCCAUUUGCCGAUCGAUCGAUCGGACCUGUACCUACGACAUCGCCAUUCGGCAUCGCGGAUUGCAGCAGGGUUAUGUUCGAAGCUUGGAGAUGUCCAUGGGUCUGUUUUUGGAUCAGAUCCCGGAUAGUGAGAACACGCUGCGGCGCGUGCUGCGGGCUCAUCGCGACAAGGCCCGGUCUGCGGCCGGCCAACUGGCAGAUCUGUGGCGAAAUUCGAAGCUGGCGAAGGAUGUUGCAAGACUGUUGAAUCCUGAGGCCGAUGAGGAGGAGACGGCGAGUGAGCUGGAGCCGGUGCCAGAACCGGUGCCAGUGCCAGAGUCAAUACCAGAGCCAGAGUCAAUGCCAGAGUCAAUGCCAGUGUCAAUUCCAGAGCCAGCCCAGGUGCCAGGGCCAGCCCUAGAGCCAGAGCCAGAGCCAGUGUAUACCCAUUAUCUCGCACUGCCUUUUCCCGAAAACACAGAUAAAUUGCCGGAGUAUUAUUUCGCACACAUACACAGCUGGCUCCCCAUGGUGGAACGCCGGGAGGUCCUCCGCAUCAGGCAUACUCCUCCAGAUGCGAUAACCAGGAAGGAUGCCACGCCCUUUCUGGCCGGCGAUCUUUCCGGUGCAUGUCGACUCUCCGGGGAGCUGACCAGGAAGCUGAAGUUGGUGGAGGAAAACGCCAUGGUUGGGCGCUAUCAGCACACGUUGAACGCGUGUAUUCUUCUGGAAAAUCUAAUAGCGGGUGCUUUCGACAUGACACCCCAGGUCACAAUCGCUGAUCGGAACUACUGCCGCCAGGUGGACGAGAAUGACGUGGAUGAGUGGGAGAAGUGGUUGAUAUCGCGCCGACGUGGGCAGACAUCUGUCUCGAAGGACGCGUUGCGAUCCCUGAGUGCCCUCAAUCUCAUCCACGACCUUAUGACUCGGCUCACUCGAAUCCUGCAUCCUUGCUCGACGCGAGCUCCGUUCCCGGCGCAUGAUCUUCUGAUCGAACUGAAAGGGAUACUGGCGCUGAUUGGCGAGCGCUACCCCUAUAAGGGCCUCGAGUUCGCCACCCCUACCGUCCUGACGCUGCAUCUCACGGCGUCAUUCGCCAUCUUUGCCCUGGUAAAAAGGUGCGGACUGUUCGAGCCCAGCGUCAAGGAUCUCGUCUUCAAGAGCUUUCGCUCCACGCUCGAUAUGCUGGAUGCAUAUCGCGAAUUAACCGGCACGCUCCAGCCCCCGCUGCUCUGCUGCUUUGUUCAUCAGAUCCAUGGGUGUCUGCGUACCACUCUCCUCGACGUGGAAAGCCCAGACAAGGAAUUGUUAAUAUCUCGACUAACGCGGCGUGCUGAAGAGUCGAGGUUCUACGUUGCCACUACCGAUCGCCAUCUGCAGAAGUCUCCCCACCCCCCUUAUAUCGUCGGCCCCGAGACUCAUCGCCAUAUGCACGGCCAGUCAGCCAAUCGGCCACUCAAGAUUCGCGCGUGGAUCAGACUCGAGCUACUGAUGUACAAGGCGCCACUUCAACGACUACGUUGGCGGAAAUCGACCAGCAAGCAAUACCCCCGGACCUGUCCAUACCCGCUCUGA